GAAUCGGCUGUGGGAAAAUCCAACUUGCUCUCCCGCUUCGCCCGUAACGAGUUCGACGCCAACUCCAAGGCCACCAUCGGCGGCGUCAAGUUCCAGACCCAGCUCGUCGACAUCGACGGCAAGGAAAUCAAAGCCCAGAUCUUGGACACCGCCGGCCAGGAGCACUUUGGGGCCGUCACCUCCGCCUACUACCGCGGCGCCGUCGUGCCCUCGUCGUCUACGACAUCACCCGCCGUCGGCUUCGAUUUCCAGCAGCAGCUGAAAUCUCCCUGCCGAAUUCCACUUCCACAGCGGCCUAGUCUAUGA